UGAUUGAAGAAGGAGAGAAUGAUGAUGAUGAUGCAUCAAAGAAGAAAACAAAAUGAAGAAGAAUCGAAGAAUAAUACAAGAAGGGUAUCAAGAGCGGCUACUUAAGAAAAUUAGAUUAGGGUUUUCUUUUAUUCGGUUAACCGAUCGGUUCGAGUGAACCGAACCGAAAUUCUCGGUUAACCGAACUAAAUUUGAAAGUAUUCCGAUCGGUUAUGAUCAAUUAGUAUGAACCGAACCGAUUUGUCCAAAUCUCGGUUCGAUUCGGUUCGGACAAAUCGGUUCGGUUCGAAUUCCCAGGCCUAGCCGUAGGCAUCCUUAUUAAAUCUCUUCUACAGGAGCUUCAGAAGAAGAGCUCUUCAUGCUUCUUUAAGACUAUUGUAUCACCUUGGGUUAAGCCUAAUUGCCUUCUUCUUUGUUUAAGGGUUCGUCCUCUUUCGGAGUGUAAUUAUUCUGCUUUGUUCUGUUCUCUUUUGGUUUUAUUUUAUGUUUCCGAGGAUUUCUAUUAGUUCGCCGGCUUUGUUUCCCUCUUUUGGACUUUUAGACUUCCGAGAUAUCUAAAAGAAAACAAACUUUGCAGGUCAUACAUUUAUAGUUCAAAAAAGCUCCCAAGCGAUAUUAUCGAGACAUUAUUCCCACUUCCCACUUCCGGCGCCGGUGGAGCUGUAGCUCGCCGGCGUCCGGAUAAACUUCUUCUACUCCGAUUUUUCUGCAGUCUUUUUAGCCCUUUCUGUAAUCUUUUAGCUUUUUUAACCCUUGUUAUGCUCUUGUUAAUCUUUUCAACUCUUCCCCAAAUCCUUUUUUCAACCCUUUCCAUGUUAGAAUCCAGAUCUGGUCCAUGCUUUCAUCUCCCAGCCGGUUCUACACCUCCUGCCGCCUGUGGUUUCCACACACUCUAUUUAAAGUCAACUUUUGCAUCUCAAGUCUCCUAUCAAAGGGAGAACGCUCCCCCCACCAAGUGCUCAACUUGGCUGCGGCAGGCCCGGAGCUCUGCGUUGACGCCGGAGACUGGAGAGUUCACAGCGACAGAAGCAACUGACCUUCCAUCCUUUUUGACAGAUCUGAUAGCAUGUGUACUGACGAUGGAAGACUCAAUCCCUGCAGCCCAUUCUUCAUCUUUAUCAUCUAUGGUUCGUCUAGAUUGUGUACCUGAAAAUCUCAUCCCCGAUCUGCCGCAGCUUUUGGUGGUGAAGAGAGGUUCCAAAAGUCAAACCCUAGUGCUGACUUCCACUACUGUUGGGCUUAGUCCAGAAGUUCUCUUCCCUCUUUUCAGCCCAUUAACCAAACUACCAAAGGCCAUGAAGACUUUAGCUGACUUCAGCCCAUCUCUUCUAAGGCCCAGUUCUGCUCUUAUUUGUAAUUUGGCAAGUUCUUUAAUAAAAUUAGUCUCAUUUACGGAGAAUAGAGUUUAUUCCUCUAGGAUAAGUAUGAUGGAGUUAGCUUGGACUUGUCUUUCUCUCUCACGAUACCUGGCGGAUAGUUUAAACCUUUUUGGUUCCGAUACAAGUCUGAUCUUGAAGCAGUGUAGAGCUCUUCAAGUUCUAUCGACCCUUCCCGUAUUAGUUCCUUAUGUCUCUGUUUUGACUGGCCGUCGACACCACGAUAGCAGAGCAAAAGACUUUUUAGGCUGGUUAGAUAGUUAUUCUUGUCAAGGUCAGAUAGAAAAUUGUUAUCGAAACCCUCCCAGUCCCUUUUACCACCAAUCGUCUAAAGGUUUGAAGCUUGGUUCUUGUUUAAUCUUUCUUUGCCUAAAUGGCUACAAGCUUUGUGUGGAAUCCCUUAAUCUCCAUGGUCAAGUACUUCAUGUGAGAGAGGAUCCACCUGCUCUAUUACAGUUUUGCAAAUAUCACUCCCGAACCCUUGUUGUAGCUUCAUCCAGUGUCUUGAGAAUGGAUCCUAAACGACUAAAGGUCUCGGACCUACUGCUCCUUUACCUUCUCAUGCCGGCGAGAAACCCAACCUGGCCUUCCUCUUCAACGUCACUUUGUCUGAUGACAGUGACCUCUUUGUCGUCCUUUGCUUCGCUUAUUGACGACCAUUCGACAAACCGUGACCUCACAUGUGACAUAAUGCUUCACCGCCUUUGUUUCAAAGUUCUCAUGGACUCUUUGUCGUUUUACCGUAUUUAUCUUAUUCUAUUUUUUGAGAAUGUCUCCUUUAGCUACCUUUUAAGCUUUGUGAUAUUCGAAUCACUUAUUGUACUUGGUUGA